AUGUCGACGACGGAGUGUUCGGAUCUCGGGGAGGAGUUCUGGCUGCCGGAGGAGUUCCUGGACGACGACUUCUUCUCUGAGGAGGAGAAGGCGGCCGUGGCCGCCAGGAGCGAAAGCGACGAGGAGGACAGCCUGGCGGGGCUCUCGCGCCGCCUCGCGGGCCUCCUCGGCGACGACGGUGAGCGGAAGCCGCCUACCGCUGCCAAGCAGGCGGAGGUGACGGUUGGGUCGCCGCAGUCCACGCUAUGCGGGCUGCCCAAGUCGGGGCAGGAGAGCCCCAACGGCGGGGCGUCCAAGGGCACGUCGCCGCCGUCGUCGCCCCUGGAGCAGAAGCCGGCCGACCCGUGGGACCUCCUGUACGAGGCGGCCGGCCAGGUUGCGCGCAUGCGCGCCGCGAACAGCGUUCCGUUGCCGGCCAACAACGCUUACGGCUUCAGCGGCGGCCAAAGCGGUUUCGCGCCGCCGGCGCGCAACCCUUCGCCACCGCCGAUUGCUCCGCCCUCCGCAAAGGUCCCUGCCGGCAGCGGGCACUACCCCCCGUUCGCGCACUUGGUCUCGCAGCGCCAGAUGCAGGCUGCUCAGCCGCAGCAGCAGCAGCACCACGCGCCGGCGCCUCCUGCCUCGGGCAUGCGUGCCGUGUUCCUCACCCCGCCUGGCGCCAAGCGCGAGCGUAACGGCACUGGGGUGUUCCUCCCCAGGCCGGCCGGCGCCCCGGCGGAGCCGAAGAGAAAGACAGGGUGUUCGACGGUUCUUGUCCCUGCUCGCGUCGUCCAAGCUCUCAACCUCAACCUUGAAGACCUCGGCGCCCAGCCUCGCUACCCUGGCGGCUUCGUUCUUGAUCAUGAUGCCUUGAUUAGUCGGAGCAACGCCAUGCUUGCGAGCCAGAGGCGCCGCGCUUCCGCUCCCGUCGCCGCGCCGGCACUGUGCCACAGUUCUUGA